AUGAUUGGCAGACUACACUACAGCUGCUGCGCUACGGAUCCAUGGCGGAGUUCGCAGUUCUGGAGAAGGGAUCUUGAACAGUUUUAACUUUUAAGCAUGAGGGAAGAAAAACUUGUGAUUGGAAAACCUUAUUUUCUAAGGGAAUGCAGUGAGGAUCCCUUCCGACAUAUGCCGAAACAUUUUCGAAAAAGACGAAGCGCUGAACCUUAAGCACUCUGGGAAAAUGCAUUGCUCUUUCUUAGUGCAGUCAACAGCCUUGGGCAACAAAUAUGGCUACUUGUGUCUCUUGCAAUUUGGGUUGAAAAGCGACUCAACUUGGCUAUGCACUACGUUUUCGGGGACACUGAACUCUUUAAAGUGACCAUCCAUUAGUAGUUGCAGUUUUGGGGUCUUGACGUGGUCAUACAACGGGUCUUGUGCGAAGCGAAUUGAGAUGGAGUCGAAGCACAAAGAGUUGUUAGAUAAAUGCCACCAGAACUUACUAGAGUCAAUAACAGAUGCAAACAAAGUUGUAGAUGUGUUGGCCGAAUCUGGCACCCUUAGUCAAUCGGAGCACUACGAACUGGGUCAUAACUGUACGUCCAACUCUGAAAAAGUGGACCGUCUUUUGAAGAUGCUGAUAAGUAAAGAGAGGGAUCAUUUCCAAGAUCUUUGUACGGCCCUGGAAAAGACUCACCCUCACCUGAAUUCUCCUCUACUAUUGAACAUUGUACCAGUGGACCCACUAUCUGGUUCCACUUACAGCGUCUUGUCCACAAUGCCGUCUGACUCUGAAAGUAGCAGCUCUCUCAGCAGUUUAGGUACGCCUGGCCAAGCCUCGUCCCCGCCGCCCGCCAGCACGGAGAACCGUCAGCCAAGCGAGAGGAUGGAGACGGUGUUGUUCCAGCUGAGGCAGGUGACCCGGGAGAGAGAUGAGCUGCGUAAGAGGCUGGCUCUCUCCUCUCCAGGAUCCACGUUCGACGACUGCAGGCCCCACUCCAAAACGGGUCACGACUACGAGCGUCUGAAGCUGCAGUGUAUGAAGGCCAUGGCAGACCUGCAGGCCCUGCAGAACCAGCACAGCAGCACGCUGAAGAGAUGCGAGGAGACCGUGAAGAAAGCCGACUUCUACCACACCCUCCACAGCCGCCUGGCGAGCGAACAGGCCCAGGUGAAGGAGGAGCUGGAGGCGGCUCGACAGGACAACAGUCAGCUGGCGAGGGAGCACAACCACCUGAAGCAGGGCUGUGAGGAGCUCCGCAGGCUUCACGAGGAGGGCCAGAGGGAGGUGGCCGACAUGAGGCUGCUGCACCAGCAGGUGAUGAGGGAUGGGGCAUCGGAGAUCCUCAACAAGCUGUACGACACGGCUAUGGACAAGCUGGAGGGCCUGAAGAGGGACUACGAGGCGCUGAGGAAGAGGUACAACGAGAAGACGGCCCAGCACAACGCCGACCUGAGCCGCCUGGAGCAGGCUGCUGAGGAGAAGCACCUGCUGCAGAAGCAGGCAGACGCCCUGCUGAAGCAGAGAGACGCCGCUGUGCACUAUCAGCAGCUGUACUCCAUGAGGAGGUUCGACGGCGCCCAGCUGGAGCUGUCCAAGGCGUCGGCUCAGAACAAGGAGCUGCAGCGGGAGAUGGAGCGCCUGCAGACGGACGCCACACGGCUCAAGACCCAGCAGCUGAAGGCGGUUAAGGACUGCGACAAGUACAAGGAGGAGCGGGACUCUGUGUUCAACGAGUACCGGCUCAUCAUGAGCGAGAGGGACCAGGUGAUCAUGGAGGUGGACAAGCUGACCACGGGGCUGGAGGUGGCCGAGGCCAAGCUGAAGAACACGUCGUCGGAGAGGCGCGUGGCCAGCGAGGAGCUGGAGGCCCUGCGACAGGAGCUGGGAUCGGCGCUUGUCGACAGGGACCGGGCCAUCUGUGAGAAGAACGAGCUGCUGGAGAAGUACUGCCACGAGGUGAAGGACAAGGCAGAGGCCCAGAAGGAGCUGAGCCAGGCCUGCAAGGACAUGGAGACGGUCCGCGAGGAGAGGGACGUCGCCCGCAAGGAGAGGACCGAAGCCAUCAUCCAGAGAGACCAGCUGCUCCGAGAGUACUACCAGGCCAGACAGAAACAGGACUCUGCCACCGUGGACAUGGAGCGGGCCAGUAAGGAGAUGGACAUGCUGAGGAAGCAGUACGAGGCCGUCUCCCAGGAGCUGAAGGAGGCCUCACAGGAGGCCGAGGUGGCCAAGUGCCGACGGGACUGGGCCUUCCAGGAGAGGGACAAGAUCGUGGCUGAGAGGGAGAGCAUACGGACGCUGUGUGACAACCUGAGACGGGAGAGGGACCGGGCUGUGAGUGAUCUGGCAGACGCUCUGAGAAACUUGGAUGACACGAGGAAACAGAAGAAUGAAUCCUUGCGGGAGCUGAAGGAGCUGAAAGAGAAGAUGGAGGACCAGUUGGAGAGGGAAGCUCGGUUUCGUCAGUUGAUGGCCCACAAUUCACACGACUCGGCCAUCGACACGGACUCUCUGGAGUGGGAGACAGAAGUGGUUGAGUUUGAAAAGGACAGGGAGGACAUGGAUUUAAAGGCCCUGGGGUUUGACGUCGCAGAAGGACUUAAUGACCCGUAUUUACCUGGAGACUGUGGGAUAUACGUGAGCAAGGUGGACAAAGGCAGCAUCGCUGAAGGAAGAUUAAGAGUAAACGAUUGGCUGCUGAAGAUUAACGACGUGGACCUGACCAAUAAGGACAGGAGGCAGGUGAUCAGGGCGGUGCUGAUUGGAGAGGGGGUGAUCAAUAUGGUGGUCCGCAGGAGGAAGUCACUGGGCGGAAGAUUAAUCACCAACGUACAGCUGAAUCUUACAGGUCACAAAGACAAUGGUAUUGGUCUGGAGAGUGGAGUGUUUGUGGCUGGGGUUGCCUCAGGCAGUCCGGCUGCCAAGGAUGGUUCCCUCACAGUUGGUGAUAGAGUCAUUGCUAUAAAUGGAAUUGCGCUGGAUAACAAGUCUCUGACAGACUGUGAAGCCUUGCUGAGGAGCUGCAGGGACUCUCUGAGUGUCUCUCUCCUGAAGAUUCUUCCACAGAGCUGCUCUGGCCAGAGUCUGUUUGAGAACCUGAGGGACUCUGAGAGAAACUCCAACUGCCGGCUCCACGCCGGAGAGCUCCACCUCAGGAACUGCCGAAACUCCAAGCACAACAGCUCCACCCAGACGGACAUCUACAGUCCGGACGCAGGAGGGGAGGGGAAGAGGGGCGACGUGUUAGACGGGGCCUCCCUCUGCCAGCACAAGCCCUUCUCCAGCAGCUCCCUCCACUCUCGCUCUCUGUCCCACCGCGGGGGCCCCCAGCUCAGCCCCGGGCCCCUCAGUCCCUCCAGCGCCCACCAGGAGUUCUGCUACAGGAGACCCGAGCACCACAGACGACCCCUCACCUUCAGCCCUGUCGCCUCUGACUGCCUCACCCUCCACCCCCCCCAGGCCAGCGUGGCCCUCCCAGAGAAGUCCAGUGGUGGCACCUGGCCCAAAGUCAUGGAGGGCUCCUCCCUGCCCGAAUGCACCCAGCUCUCCAUCUACAAGAAGCCCAAACAAAGGAAAUCCAUCUUUGACGCCGACACCUUCAAAAGGCCCGAGGCGCCCCCCAAGCUGGACUUCCUGUCGCUGACCCAGCUGCCCAGACACUCCCCCCAGAGCUCCAGGUGUGACACGCUGCAGGCCCCGCCCACCCCACCAGCCAGGAGCGACUUGUUCCGCUUCAAACACCGUCAGCAGAACAGCUCCGCCUCCGACUCCACCGUCACCCCUCCGGCCACGCCCGGCCAGGUCCCCGGAUCCCCGCAGGAGGCCGCCCUGGAGGGGAGAGGAGAUACAGGGAAGCACGCCUACUACAUGGACACCCCUGUAGAGAGCAUGACCACCUCUAGGAAGUCAUGUGACGAGGAAGUGAGCAAGCAGAGGUCGGAGGUGCACAGCAGGAAGAGGUACCGGCCGAAGUCGGCCCCCGCGCUGCGCCGAAACAUGACCCCCCUGCACCUCCCCAUCCCCAUCCAGCAGAUCCAGAACUUCUCCAACGACGAGCAGUCACCUGAGCCGGUGGACCUGGUCCGCUUCUCUCCGCUGCGCUUGCACCGCUACAGCAUGCCCUUCGUCCCGCCCAGCUACAGCAGCACUGUGGCCGCCCACCCCCCCCAGCGAGGCCUGGCGCCCUGCCCCGCGGUGACGGCCGUGAUGAGGAACCCGGUGUACACCGCCUGGAGCCACGAGAUCAACCCCAACACCUGCCCCCCCGCCCCCAGCCCCAGCUGCCUCCCUGCCCCCCUCCCCAGCCCGCAGCACCAGUGCCGUCUAAGUCUGGACCUCAGUCACAAGCGCUCGGGUGAUGUAAUGGAGUCGUCUCAGCCCCACCCCCCACACAGCACCAACUCCCUGCCCUCCAGCGCCCGACUGGGUUCCUCAAGUCAUUUACAAUUCCGGACAGAGCGCAUCAAAAUCCCCCCAAACAGAUACCCACGCUCCACAGCCAGCUCUGAUCGAGGCUCCCUGUCCCACUCAGAGUGCAGCAGCCCCACUCCCCCCACGUCGCCCGUCACCCUGGACGCAGCCUCCUUCGCCAGCAGCCCAUCGCAGGGCUCUGUCUCCACACAGCCCAGGAUAUCAGUCAGCCCCGCCCCCGCGGGGGACAGGAGGAAAGACAGGCCCUACCUGGAAGAGCCACGCAACGUGACGGUCCAGAAGGGGGCGGAGCCUCUGGGCAUCUCCAUCGUGAGUGGGGCGAAUGGGGGCGUGUUCGUGUCCAAGGUGACGUGUGGCAGCAUCGCACACCAGGCCAGGCUGGAGUACGGAGACCAGCUCCUGGAGUUUAACGGCAUCAACCUGCGUAACGCUAACGAGCAGCAGGCGCGCCUGGUCAUCGGGCAGCAGUGUGACACCAUCACCAUCCUGGCGCAGUACAACCCUCACAUGUUCCAGCUGGGCGUCCCCUCCCGCUGCAGCUCGCGCAUGGAGUCCAUCAGCAGCCAGGCCACGCCCCAGACCACGCCCCAGGCCACGCCCCAGGCUAGCGGCGCCUCCACCCCGGACAACCACUCCACCAUCGACUCCCUGAGCGAGCAGGACGAGGGCACCAUGACCCCGCCCUCCAGACAGACCACCCCCGCCACCAGCCCCCGCAGCUCCAUCAGGCUGUCUGCUGGUGUGCGGAGGGCCCAGGAGGUGCGGCUGGUGAGGCUGAAGAGGGCCGGGGCGGAGCUGGGAGUCCAGAUCUGCGGAGGGAACCUGUACGGAGUGUACGUGGAGAGCCUGGAUGACGACAGCCCCGCCAAGUGUCCCGACGGCCUGCUGCCCGGUGAUCUGAUCCUGGAGUACAACGGUGUCAACAUGAAGAACAAGACUGCUGAGGAGGCCUAUCUGGAGAUGCUGAAACCAGCUGACACCAGCACGUUCAGGGUCCAACACUGCCUGGACGAGCUCACCAUGCUGAAAGACUCACCCGGAGAUGGGUUCUUCAUGAGAGCGCUUUAUGAACGUGUGUCAGAGGGAGAGGGGGAGCUGAGCUUCAAGAAGGAUGACAUCCUGUACAUCGAGGACACGUUACCCCGGGGGAACUUUGGCUACUGGAUGGCCUGGCAGCUAGACGAGAGCGCACGCAAGCUGGAGCGAGGGCAGAUUCCCAGCAAAUACAUGGUUGACCAGGAGUUCUACAGGCGGCACAGCAUGCCCGACAUGAAGGACGAGAACAACGGCAAGAGCAUGUCGGCCGCAGCACGACGCUCAUUCUUUAGGAGGAAACAGAAACACAAACGAAGCAGCUCCAAAGAUGGGAAGGACAUUCUGACUGUGGACGCCAUCAGCACUGACUCCCUGCCCAUCACGGACGACGGCGUGAGUCUGGCCUACCAGAGGGUGCAGAAGGUGGAGUGUUCCUCCCCCAGGCCUGUGCUGGUUCUGGGGCCGCUGGUGGAGGCCAGCAAGGACAUGCUGGUGAAGGAGGCUCGCUUCUGUCGCUGUCUUCCAGAGGUGAUGAAGGCAUCUCAGCAGGCCAUCGAGCGAGGCGUAAAGGACUGCGUGUUCAUCGACUAUAAACGAAGGAGCGGCCAUUUUGACGUGACAACUGUCGCGUCGAUUAAGGAGAUCACAGAGAGGGACUGUCACUGUUUACUUGACAUCGCUCCUCACGCUAUCGAACGGCUUCACAGCGUUCAUAUCUACCCAAUCGUCAUUUUCAUUCGCUACAAAAAUGUCAAGCAGAUAAAAGAGCAGAAGGAUCCGCAAUUCUUGCGGGAUAAAGUCACACAGAAACAUUCCAAGGAGCAGUUUGAGAUUGCUCAGAAGAUGGAGCAGGAGUUCAGCAAGUUCUUUACAGGUAUCGUCCAAGGAGGGAGCUUGGCCUACAUUUGCACUCAGAUCAUGACGAUCGUCGAUCAGGAACAGAGAAAAGUCCUGUGGAUUCCAGACGGAAGUUUGUAGAGACCCUCCACACCUCUAUCACCAAUCACCCUUAGGAACGGUCUCAAUAUGUAAUAAUGUUCUCAUAUCGGUACGUGUUCAAGGUGGGCCAGAUGAUCGACACCUGACAGUUUCAACACUACACUUCUUGUAUAAGGUCAUGAUGGUAGCACUGAUGGUUUCCACACUGCAUCAUGGAGGUCAUCCGCUCCUCAACAGUGAUGCUGUACUUCAGAUCUUUUGUUUACACUAGUAUUUAAUGUAAUGCUUACUUGAAUGUGUUUGCACCAUUACUCACGGCACUCCUUAGCUUCCCUAGGACCUGUGCUCUAAACUGUGUAGACUGAGCAGACAGCUGGUUAAGCUACAGUGUUGGCAUUGAGGACCAGGCUUAAUAGAAUGGACCACUGUUCGUCUCUCUAUGGUAUUUUUUUUUUCCCCUGUCGUUUAUUUAUCUAACCAAAUCAAAGAUGUUGGUUAUGAACUUUUUUUUUGUUUUAAUAAAUGUAGCAGUUUGGUUAAUAGAAAUGAUUUGUUUUAUUUUCUUCUGUUUGUCAUAUGAUAAAUAAAUAUAUAUACCUAUUUAUAGAAAAAAUUUUGGGCAGAUUUGCAUGAUUCAUUUUUUUUAAGUUGAUAAAAACUUGUACUUUUUUUGGCAGUUUAUUAAUAGUGCCCAGAUAAUGUUAAGGAUUACACUGUCUUCAGUACAAUGUAUAUGUGCCAUGUCAGUCUGGAUGUUGUUGAUUAACACAAAGAAACCGUUUCAAAGUAUGCUAGUGAUAAUCCCAACAUUUCAUUUAUUUAGCCUUAUGGGCCUCCUCCCUUGAGAAGGAUUAUUGAAAGGGAUCUUUUGUUGUUUGCGUCUUUAAUGUCGAAAAUGUACUGUCGAUAUGACAUAAUUAUGAAGUACUUUUAAUUAUUUGAGCAUUGAUGUCUGCACAAAUAUUCGGGUUUAUUGAUAACGUUUCAUCUUCUAAUACUGGUUAAAGGUGGGCUAGGAGUUUUUGCUUCCAACUAUUUGUAUCAAAGGAAAUGGAGAAAUAAAUACAGUGAAUCGUGAAAGGGAUACCAUUUUUUUUCUUGUUAUUCCGUGAGGUAGACUUUGGGUCUACUUGAUUUGUUGUCUCAUUUUGAUGGCGCUUAUCAUUUCAGGAAACUAAACGGCACGGGAGAGCAGACCGGUCACGCGCAUGGCACUUGGAAGUAGGCAAGCUGGACAAGCAUUAGGCACGUUUGGUAAAACUGACACUUUAUUAAUUGCAAGUCAAAUGUAGUUACUUGCUGGGUGAUUGGUCAGUAGACUAAUCAUUUGUCUGUAGGAAGAAAGGAUACGGGGAAAUGGGUGGGCGUCUACACGGAUUUUCAACUUGCUAUUACAUUUUGUGUCCACUAAGAGGAGUAGCUCACCACGGCACGGUAGUUGAGUUGAUUUUAGUUAUCUGUGGCUAUAAUUUCCUUUCUAGCUACCACGCUGUAGGAAACGCUUUGCCUACUUUUCCGAGAAGGCAGCGGAUUGUCUGCUUGAGUUGUUAGGUGACUUAUUAAUAGGCAUUGUGUAUUUGACGCACAAUUUCAAGAUCAUAAAAAAAGUAUGUUCCAAACUCUUGAUAAUGUGUAAAAUAAACGACCGUGGAGCCAGGUGGAAACAGGGCCAAUGUGGUAGCCUACACCUGGUGAUCCAAGCAAACCUUUUGUAAGUUGUUUUGUGUCUGUAACAGGUGUCCUGGUUCAGUUGGCAGUGUUACAGUUUACAACAAAUGUGGCCAUAAAUAGAAUGACGGUUCAAAAUGACUAGGACCACAAAACUAUGCUAUUUUAAUGGGCAACACCUAAA